GAGGUGUGACGUCAGACGGUGUUGGGUGAGGAGGAGUUGUACCGCAUUGACACGGUCUUCUCUCUCUCUCUCUCUCUCUCUCAACCUCUCCCCGUCUCAUCUCAUCGAUCAUCAUCGAUCCGUCGUAUCAAUACUCAGGAGCUAAUCGUUUUUGAAUUGGGUACUUGAGCGGCGGCGACAGGAAGCUCGUGUCGUCAUAGCGGGGACAUCACGCGCCGUCUGAGCGGACAGACAGACCUCCAUCUUCAUCCUCACCCUCACCAUCAUGUCCGGCACCAAGGAGGAGGACCGCAAAGGCUCCAGCGAGUGGCGGGAAUUCUUCUGGAAUCCGCGAACUCAUGAGCUGUUGGGCCGAACCGCCUCCAGCUGGGGUCUGAUCCUGCUCUUCUACCUGGUCUUCUACCUGUUUCUGGCGGGAAUGUUUAUUCUCACCAUGUACGUCAUGCUGCUGACGCUCGACGACUACAAACCCACCUGGCAGGACCGCCUGGCCACUCCAGGGAUGAUGAUUCGUCCGAAGGGCGAUCAGCUGGAGAUCACGUUCUCGGUGUCAGAGACGGAGAGCUGGGACGGCUUCAUCCAGAACCUCAACACCUUCUUGUCUUCGUACAACGACAGCUACCAGGUUCAGACCAAUGACAACUGUCCUCCAGAUCAGUAUUUCAUUCAAGAGGACAGUGGAGAGGUGAGGAACAAUCCCAAGCGUUCCUGUCAGUUUAAUCGAACGGUGUUGGAGGACUGUUCUGGGAUCACUGAUCGUUUCUAUGGUUACAACAGAGGUCAGCCCUGUAUCCUCAUAAAACUGAACCGGGUGAUCGGUAUGUUACCGGGGAAGGACAGUCAGUCUCCUUAUGUCACCUGUGGAGCCAAGAGAGAAGACAGUGAUAAGAUCGGACCUCUGGCGUAUUUUCCUCCUAAUGGGACCUUCAAUCUCAUGUACUACCCGUACUACGGCAAGAAAGCUCAGGUGAACUACACUCAGCCACUGGUGGCCGUGAAGUUCCUGAACGCCUCUCUGAACACAGACAUCAACGUCGAGUGUAAAAUCAACUCCAACACUCUCGCCACCGGCAACGAGAGAGACAAGUUCGCCGGACGGGUUUCCUUCAAACUACGGAUCAACGACAAGUAGACACAGCUGUUUACACACACACACACACACACACACACACACACACACACACACACACACACACACACACACACACACGUUAAAGCUGCACUAAUCCAGAUGUGUAAUGAAACCAGUGGGCGUGUCCUCAGUCUCCCUCAGACUCACCUUCUGUGCUGAUUCAGUCUUGUUCCAGCUUCGUGAUGCGUUCACUGACUCCGAGUUACUCUGUCACUUUCUCUCCCGUAGCCGUGUAAACACAUCGUUGGUGUUUGGUAGUUUUCUGUGACGUGAUCCUACGACACUCUCAGUGCAGCUUUAACUCAAACACACCGACCCUGAAACCGACCAAUCAGCACGCACACACGCUCUGAUGUCACUGACACUGAGGAUGGACUGAAGAGCGCCAGACGAUCGAUCAUCGUAUCAAUCUGCACGAAUCAAAGACCAAACUAUUGAUCACACAGCUGAUGUGUUUAUUGAUCGACCUUUAGUUUAUUUAUUUAUCUUUACUUAUUUAUCACUUGUUUAUUAUUGUUUAUUUAUUUGUUUGGCUUCUUUACAAGAGCUUUGUUUUUUACAACAUUAAAAUCCUUUGAAGUUCAGAUCACAGGAAGUCGGGUUGCUUCUGUGAAUGUGUCACCAGGUGUGGCUGGCUCUGAUUGGCUGUUCAGAAACCAGAUGACAGGUUCACAAUAAUCUGGUUUUAUCAGUCAGAUCCCAGACAUCAAGCCUCAACAGAAACCAGUCCAGAAACCAGUCCAGAAACCACAAACCACAUCACAAACCAGUUCACAAACCAGUCCAGAAACCAGUUUGACGACUGGUCUGUCUCUUCGGCCAUGUUGAAUCUUGGUCACCUCGUCUGUUGCCAUGGAAGCAUUAGCCAUUAGUAACCAUGACAACAGUGUUGGUGUCAUGAUAUUUUUUGUUGUCUUCCCUCUUUCUUUUGAUCUUUGUUGCUGCAGCUGAUUGGCUCAUUAGUUAAUUAGAUCAUUAAUUAGUGGAUAUCUUAACGAGUUAGUUAAUUUAGUUAAUGGCUGGUUAUUGAGUUAGGUGUUAGCAAGUGUUUUUUUCUCUUGAUUUGUUUACAUGUUUGUUUUUGUUUACUACUGUCAUCAUGGGGCUGAGCAUGAUGGCUGUUACCAUGACAACCAUGUCAAUCACUGUCAUGCGACCUUGAAAUGCCCCUCCCACACCUGCACUGCUCUGCACCAAUCGUCUUCCUUUAAAGAGUGACCAGCCAAUCAGAUGGUCCCGCUGUAUGAUGUCAUAUGCUGUUACUUGUUUGUGAUUGGUUGAUUUUUCCUGCCUGAAAAUUUCCUUGUGUUUAACUGAUGAUUAAAAACAAAGAAAUUAAACAGAAAAACAAAACAA